AUGAACUUUUUGAAGAGGUUUGAUUAAUUUGGAGUGUCUUAUCAAUAAGAGAUAUUUAAGAAUGAAAAACAAUUUAAAAGUGUAUUUGGUGGAAUAACAUCUCUUUUAUUGUAUACCUUGAGUAUGGUGUAUUUUUUUUAUAAAUUGUUUCUUUGGUUAAAUGGAGAUAUUUUACCAAGAGUUUCAAUUCAAAAAACAACACAAAAUUAUGCUGAUGUAUCUUUUGAAUAUAAUCCGAUUAUUUUUUAAGUUGUAGGAAUGAGUGGAGAUAAAUUUAUUGAUCCAUUUUCCAAAACUGAAAAUAUCAUUACACCUUAUUUUUCUUAUGUUGAUGACAUUGUGAUUUCUAAAAAGCAAUUAAUGUUAGAUUCUGGAGUUCCUCCUACAAGAAGUGGAAUUUCGACUUCCAUUACUCCUCAAGAUAUCACUUUGGUUCUUAAUCAAUAAGGUUUGAGUUAAGACACUCCUAAAAGUUAAAGACAAUUGAUGAUUUUAUUUGAAUAAUGUGACAGUUCUCAAUAUGAUAAUUGUGCAGAUAAAGAAAAACAAGAAGAAUUUUUCAAACAACCUUUAAACACAUUUUUCUUAACUAUCUAAAUGCAAUAAUACAACACUAAAUUGAAAGAUUUUGAAAUGAUUUCUAAGCAAAUCUACUUUAUUUUGGAUAGAGAAACCGCUUUGUACACUCAAUUAUUAUUCAAAAUAACAACAUCAAUUACUGAUACAGGUUUCUUUUUAGAAUCAAUCAAGAAUUAAAAACUUAUUAGUGAUUUUCAGACUACAUCUUAGUAAUUACCUUAGAGUAACUUUGAAUAAAGUUUCGGAAAUAAAUAUCUUGGAGUCUUCUUGAUUGGAAUAGAUAGUUUAUCUGAAACCCAAUAAAUCAUCUAUCCCAAAUUGGGAGAGAUUCUUGCAGAUGUAGGUUCUAUCAUGUCAACUCUUAUGAUGCUAAAAUUGAUAGUCAUCUAAGUAAACUCUAAAAUUUUAGAAGAUACACUUUUAAAGACAAUAAUUACUUAUUAUUACCCAGAAAUAUAGUAAAUUUAAUUUUAAAGCAACUUUUUUGGUUAAAUAAUUAGUGCUUCUAAAAAUGGUAAGCAAAUACUAGAUACGGCUUCUUUUAUAAAGUUUUAUCAACAAUUAAAGGAUUUUACAAAAGAAAAAUUAACUCUACUUAAUUAAAUAUAUGAAGUCUCAAGGAUUUAAUUUAUUUUAUAAUCUAUCCAAUCUAAAUAAGCAUUUAGGCAGAGUCAUUUUGUAGGUAUACGGCUAGCGAAUAAUAAUAUCUUAAAUCAAUCGUAUUAAAUUGAUUUCAAUGAAGGAUCAAUAAAUGCCCCCAAAGUAUUUUUGAAAUCAUCUGAAAAAAGUAAAGAUGAGAAGAAUGAAAUUAUUGUUCCUUAAAAUAAUAAAAAUCAACCAGAAACCAUUGAGCCAUUAAAGUAAGUUGAAAUUUUAUCAGAUGAAGAUUUUACAAUUUUAUCUCAUAUGCAUCAUUUAAAGAAAUAAAUAGAAGAUUAAGAUAAGAGUAUUCCAAUCUUUUAUCAAAUUAAUACGAUCUUUAAUUGA